AUGACUAUUGCUGCAUAUGCGUAUGAAACUGACAGAGCUAAACGUUUAUAUUUUGGUCAAUACUCUCUCACACUUACUGACAAAUAUAUUGUUAUCAGUGAUGGAAAUACCGAGAAAUACAUAACAUGGAAGGACUAUGAAAAGUUUGACCCCAUUUUAACUCCAUGCACUAUGCCAUUCAUUGUAAAUGGUGAAGUUGUCAUGAAGAACGACACAACAGUAUAUAAGUCUGUUCAUGAAGCGUUAGAAUAUAUGUUGAAUUAUAAUCCCGAAAGAUUUGACCCAAGCACUACACCAUGUACAAUGCCUUUUAUUAAGGACGGUGAAAUCGUAAGAGUUCCGGAUUCAACGGUUUACACAGCUGUUCAAAACAGUUUACAAAACAUUUUAGCGAAUAUCUUUAAUUCAGAAACUACAGAAAUAAAAUUACCAUAUAUAACAGAUGCUAAAGAAAUUAAAUCAAAAACAACAACAUUAUUUACGUCACUUAAUGAUUUAAUGACUUAUAUCAUUAAUAUUCCUGCACCAACUACAGCAUUUGAUCCAAACUCGACGGUUUGCAGUGUACCUUUCAUAAAGUCGCAAACGGACUCUUUGAGUCCUGAAGGUCUUUCAGACCGAAGCGACCAGGGCGAA